AUGCUUGGCAGUCUAGAUUGUACGCAUGUGGCUUGGGAAAAAUGUCCAACUGCAUGGCGUGGUCAGUUCACUCGAGGAGAUAUAGGUGAACCAACUAUCAUCCUAGAAGCUGUUGCAUCUCAAGAUUUGUGGAUAUGGCAUGCCUUUUUUGGAGUAGCGGGGUCCAACAGCGACCUUAAUGUUCUUGGUCAGUCUCCACUUUUCAACGAUAUUUGGACCGGCAAAGCACCUUAUAUGACGUUCACGGUAAACGGGCACGCGUACAAAUAUGGUUACUACCUUAGUGAUGGGAUAUACCCGGAUUAUUCUACAUUGAUGAAGGCAUACUCAGUUCCUCGAAGUGAAAAAGCAAAAUUGUUUACAAAAAAACAGGAAUCAGCGAGAAAGGAUAUCGAGAGGGCAUUUGGAGUCCUUAAGCAAACAUGGCAUGUAGUGAAAUAUGCUACACGACUUUGGGAUAAAGAAAGAAUUAAGCGAAUGGUCCUAGCAUGUAUUAUAAUGCAUAAUAUGAUUAUUGAAAAUGAAGGUCGAGCGAUUUGCACGUAUGAUCCGAACGACGUUGUCGUUCCAAUUGAGGAGUUCGUACCCGGAACGAAUGCUUUUUUGGAGCGAGUUGUCGAAAUCCAUAACAAUGAAACGUGUUUCAAUCUUCGAGAAGAUGUCGCGGAACAUUUGUACCAACAUAGCAUGAACGACGAUUAG